GUGCACUAGCACUUCUUUUUCACACUGCAAACAGAAACAGGUCUUGCUCUCACUUCUUGGUGUGGAUUUCGGGUGGCUGCUUGCAGAAGUUCUUCACUUGCUUCUUGUGAGCCAUACGCGAUUGAUCCCAGAUCUAACCUUCAUAUAUCUCAAGAUCUCAAAAAAUGCGUGAGGUAAUUUCGAUCCAUGUUGGGCAGGCAGGUUGCCAAAUGGGCAAUGCCUGCUGGGAGCUGUACUGCUUGGAGCACGGCAUACAGCCUGAUGGCAUCAUGCCUGGUGAUGAGUCCGUGGGCAAAGAAGACGACUCCUACAACACCUUCUUCAGCGAAACUGGUGGCGGUCGGCAUGUCCCGAGAGCGGUCUUCGUGGAUCUGGAAGAGACCGUGAUAGAUGAGAUUCGGCGUGGCGCAUACCGCUCCUUGUUCCACCCGAAUCAACUGAUCACUGGCCAAGAGGAUGCGGCAAACAACUAUGCGCGUGGCCAUUACACCGUGGGCCGCAUCAAGAUUGACGAGACCCUGGACAACAUCAGGAGAAUUGCCGACAACUGCAGUGGCUUGCAGGGUUUCCUCAUCUUCCACUCGUUUGGCGGUGGCACCGGCUCAGGGUUUGCUUCUCUGCUGAUGGAACGCCUCUCCGUUGAUUACGGCAAGAAGUCAAAGCUGGAGUUUGCCGUCUAUCCUGCACCACAGAUUUCAUCAGCCGUCGUUGAGCCGUACAACACCGUGUUGACAACGCACACCACGCUCGAGCAUUCCGACUGUGCAUUCAUGGUGGACAACGAGGCUAUCUACGACAUCUGCAAGAGGGAGCUAGGCGUUGAUCGUCCCAGCUACUCGCAUCUGAACCGCCUGAUCGCCCAGGUGGUGUCCUCCAUCACGGCAUCAUUGCGAUUCGAUGGUGCCCUGAACGUUGAUCUGACCGAGUUCCAGACUAACCUCGUUCCAUACCCGCGCAUCCACUUCCCGCUCGUUUCGUAUGCGCCGAUCAUCAGCCCCGAGAAAGCAAUGCACGAGAAUAUGUCAAUCUACGACUUGUCCAAGAGCUGCUUUGAGGGCAACAACCACAUGGUGAAGUGCGACCCACGUCACGGCAAGUACAUGUCCUGUUGCUUGCUGUACCGCGGCGAUGUUGUGCCCAAGGACGUCAACGAUGCGAUCACCAGGAUCAAGGGCCAGCGGAACAUUCAGUUUGUUGACUGGUGCCCCACAGGCUUCAAGGUUGGAAUCAACUACCAGGCAGCAACCGCUGUGGAGGGCAGUGAGCUGGCUCGAACAAAGAGGUCGGUGUGCAUGCUGUCCAACACGACCGCCAUUGCCGAAGCGUGGCAGCGCGUUGAUCACAAGUUCGACCUGAUGUACGCCAAGCGUGCCUUUGUCCACUGGUACGUCGGCGAAGGCAUGGAAGAAGGAGAGUUCAGCGAGGCACGCGAGGACUUGGCUGCGCUGGAGAAGGACUACGAAGAGGUGGGCAGCGAUACUGCUGCUGCGGACGGCGACGAUGAUGCUGACGCAGAGUACUAGAGUUGCACUGGCAGGUGUCCUGUGCGCUUGGCUGCUCGCCUGUAGCCCUGUAGGGAAUUAUGUGUGCGGUGCGUUAUGUACUAAUGAUGCAUGUUCCGAGGGCUGAGGCAAGCGCAGCCGUUGAGUGCAUUCCAGGAGCGCUCGUACACAGCACACAGCUGAACUUGUGUCAUCCUAUGAGUACAUCUGGAGACGAUCUGCUCUUCCAGCAACAUACCACCGCGUGCCUGCACACACACACGCACGCACUUUUUUUUAGUUUGUUUGCUUUUGCGCGUGCCUCGUUUUCUCCCUCAGCGCUCUCAUACGGACCGCUGGCAUCUGGCAGAGAUUUAGAAUCACCACCGACUGCCAAGCGCUGAUUUCUCCCUUUCUACCUGUUCUACCACCCCUGCCUGGACUAGCCUGUUCUACCCCUGCCUGACUAGCCUUUGCACAUUUUUUAGACAAUAUACCUGACUUAUGAGCAGUUAUGACCAGCGGACAUAUUCUAGGGACCAAUUAUGAUUUAUUUUGCCAACUGCAUGUAACUCUGCUAAACAGGAGACUAAAGCCUA